CCAGUAACACUUUCCCCUUUCUCUCUCCACUAGCAGAGAGCAACACCAACUCAACACCUACCCUAAAACCUUCCUCUCUCUCUCUCCCACUCCGACCUCGUACGCCGUCUAUCAACCGCCGUCCAUCAACCGCCGUCCAUCAACCGCCGUCCAUGGCUGCUCCACCUUCUCUCUCCGAGGUUUCCUCUCUCUCUCUUCAGCAAUAUUCUUUGCCAAAUGAUGAGAAGCCUGUUGAAUCAAAGGCUGUUGAAUCAAAACCUGCUGAAGUUGAAAAGGUUGAGACUGCAGCAGAAGUUGCUCCUGAGAAAACAGAAGACGCACCUGCUCCUGUUGAAGGGAGCAGCGAAGCAUCCUCUGCUCCAGUUGUUGAGAGCAGUGAGGCUCCAGCUGAUGCUGAGCCAAAAAGCAAUGAGGAUCCUGCUCCAGCAGCUGAAGAAAGCAGUGAAGCUCCAGAGAAAGAAGAAUCUGGAAGUGAAGAGACCGCUGAUGAAAUAAAGCUUGAGACUGCACCAGCAGAUUUUCGCUUCCCAACUACAAACCAAACAAGGCAUUGCUUUACAAGAUAUAUUGAGUAUCACCGGUGCACGGCUGCCAAGGGUGAAGAUGCCCCCGAGUGUGAUAAAUUUGCUAAGUUCUACAGGUCUCUCUGCCCUGGUGAAUGGGUUGAUAGGUGGAACGAGCAGAGGGAGAAUGGCACCUUUCCUGGACCUCUGUAGAUGAGUCUUCCUUGAAAAGUUUUUGUUUCAUUUAACUGUUGACGAGAUGGACUGCUGGCAAAAGGAAGUUUCAUAUAGAAGGCCUAGUUAAAUAAAUUUAGGCUUUGUCAUUGGAACCAAUAUUAGUCCCAAAAUACAGAAAAUGUGUACUUUUUUUUGCUCGCAGUAAGUUUGUGGUUAUUCAUCCUGUUAACUGAGUAAUGGAACUCAGUUGUUGUAGCCUCUUGUGGGUUCAGUGAUCCCCAUUUUUACAUAUUGAUACUGAGAGAAAUUGUGCGGCACAUUCAUCA